GCCCCUCCAUCAUCAUCACAUGGGUCUCCCUCAAAAGCCAGGCAGAAGCCUAUGCGGCGCCUUCAUUCGCCAAAGGGAGCAGCGGCAGCGGCAGCGGCGGCGACGUCGUCGAGGCAGCGCGAGGGGAUGCUCUGGAGCUGAGCCUCCUGGAUCUGCCCCGCCAGCUUCCCUGCCCGGCUCCUUUAAAAACAACAGUAGCAGCAGCAGCAGCAACGACGACAUAAAACCAUCACCGGCAGGCCAUGUCUCCUCGUGGCAGAUGAUUAGUUGCUAAGAUAGCUCUGAAUAUUGGAAGACUCUCUCCUUGGCACAGUCAAAGGCAGACGGAGGCACCAGCUUCUCCCUUUUUUUCAUCUGAGUGUGUUCCACUAGAGCAUUCAAAACUGUUUCUCCAAAGGGUUCUGCAGAAACUCAGACUGUUUUCUAAAGCAGAAGCACCAGAGUCCACAGCGGAAGCGAUGGGCAGCGUGCGAACCAAUCGCUACAGCAUAGUUUCCUCAGAAGAGGACGGCAUGAAGUUGGCAACCAUGGCAGUUGCCAAUGGCUUUGGAAAUGGGAAGAGCAAAGUACAUACCAGGCAGCAGUGCAGGAGCCGGUUUGUCAAGAAAGAUGGCCAUUGCAACGUUCAGUUCAUUAAUGUGGGUGAAAAAGGCCAGCGUUAUCUAGCAGACAUCUUUACCACCUGUGUUGAUAUCCGCUGGAGGUGGAUGUUGCUUAUCUUCUGUCUGGCUUUCAUCCUCUCAUGGCUGUUUUUUGGUUGUGUGUUCUGGUUGAUUGCCUUAUUGCACGGGGACCUAGAGAAUGGGGACAGACCUUGUGUCUCUGAAGUGCGCAGCUUCACUGCGGCCUUCCUUUUCUCCAUCGAAACACAAACUACAAUUGGCUAUGGUUUUAGGUGUGUUACAGAUGAGUGUCCCAUUGCAGUCUUCAUGGUGGUUUUCCAGUCAAUAGUUGGCUGUAUCAUUGAUGCCUUCAUCAUCGGCGCUGUCAUGGCUAAGAUGGCUAAACCAAAAAAGAGAAAUGAAACUCUCAUCUUCAGCCAUAAUGCUGUAAUAGCUAUGAGGGACGGAAAGCUGUGCUUGAUGUGGCGAGUUGGGAAUCUGCGCAAAAGCCAUUUGGUAGAAGCCCAUGUGAGAGCCCAGCUUCUCAAAUCGCGAAUCACUACUGAAGGAGAAUACAUCCCUCUAGAUCAAAUAGACAUCAAUGUUGGGUUUGACAGUGGGAUAGACCGCAUAUUUUUGGUUUCACCCAUUACAAUUGUCCAUGAAAUAGAUGAAGAGAGCCCUUUGUAUGACUUAUGUAAACAAGACAUGGACAAUGCAGACUUUGAAAUUGUAGUAAUAUUAGAAGGCAUGGUGGAAGCCACUGCCAUGACCACACAGUGCCGCAGCUCAUAUCUGGCAAAUGAAAUUCUCUGGGGCCACCGGUAUGAGCCUGUACUUUUUGAAGAGAAAAACUACUACAAAGUGGAUUAUUCUAGGUUCCACAAAACAUAUGAAGUGCCGAACACACCCCUCUGCAGUGCCAGAGACUUAGCAGAAAAGAAAUACAUCCUUUCUAAUGCAAAUUCAUUUUGCUAUGAGAAUGAAGUAGCCCUAACGGGCAAAGAAGAAGAGGACAGUGACAAUGGGGUGCCUGAGAGCACUAGUACAGACACCCACCCAGACAUGGACCAUCACAACCAAGCAGCAGUGCCCCUAGAGCCUAGGCCUUUAAGGCGAGAAUCUGAAAUAUGACUGAAGGAAAUGAUUUCCACUUUGGUUGAAAUCUGUCUCUCAGUUAAUAGGCAUGCUGCUUUGAGAAGUAGCUGCAAACAGUUUUUCAGAUGAUGGUACUGUUGAAGAGAUGGGCAUACUGCCCUGAGGAGUCAACCUAGGCUGGCUUUUAAGUGCUGUCUUCAGAGGAGAUGCAGCAAAAAUCGUGAACUUGGAACAAGAAGCACUAUGUCAGCUCAUGACUAGAAGGCACAUAUAUGUUGUAGAAUAAAUUAAUGUAUAUAUUUUUUUUACAAAACUUGAACUUGCAGGCAAGCUUUGGUUGAGUUGUAUUGUUUGUCAUCUGUUUUCUCUCUCUCCCAAAAUGCUUCUCUCUUGGGAACAAGAAUGUUUUUUAAUGGCAUAAUAAAGGCAAGAGACUGCCUUACUUUUUUAAAAAAAAGUUGCUGCUAACUACAUGAACACAAAUGAUAAUUAUUUUUUGUCAUAGUGUAGUAUUCAUGUUUCUUUCAUACAUACUUUUAAACAACAACAACAACACAAUGGUGAUGGUGGGAGCAGAGACCCUUAGCUAGCUUCAGAGCUCUUUGGCAAUCAGUCAAAGUGACUGGUGAUGCCAGGAUAUCUGAACAUUUAGUUGAGGUCAGUAGUUUGGUGGCUAGAAUCAAUUUCUCUCCGUACUAUCCAGUUACAUAAGGGGUAUUAUGUAACACAAGGCCGGGCAGUAGCCUACAGCAAGUUUUUUUCCCCUUUAAAAAUGUGUUAGGGAAAGGAAUGAGAUUUUUUUUCCCAUCUAAAAUAUGUUUUAAUUUCAAACUACCUAACUGAAUACCAAAGACAGAAAAAAUGCAGUUUUGCACAAUGAAGUUUAAUCAAAAAUAUAGAACAGGAUGCUUUCAGACUGUUUUCCUCCCCAAAGAUUCUUUAUGUGUGGAGUAUUUUGUAAUGCACCUUAUUCUGAAAGUAAAGCUGAGAAUACAUUUUGUUUCAACAUCCCAACUUGGGGAAAUAAGCUCAUUCCUACAUACAUAUAUACAUACACUUCUCAUAAGUCUGAGAAACAAUGUUGAGUUCAGGGAGCUAACACCAGCAAGAUGAUGGCAGAAGGUCAAAUGUUAGGCCAUGUGUACAUUCCAAAGCAGCUUCUGUAACCCCAUUACAAGUGGACUGGCAUUUUGAGAGACUGAGCCCUCAAAGCAACCAAGGCCAUCAUUAGGAUCCAUUUCAUGUUCAGUCUAUUUGUUUGGCAAUCAUUUGGAAAUGUUUGGCAAGCAUUGGCAAAACCUUUGAUUCUAUCUGAAAAAGUGGCUUGACUAUAGCAAAUGUCUGUUAAUGAAGAAACAGGCUGGCAAAGGAGAGAUGAAACUGACAUGGGAUAAUCCAAAAGAAGGAUCUCAGUGGUUAUGUUUUUGGUGGGACACCUUCUCUUUGCGAGGAUUAGGGUGGCAGCAAGUGGAUCUGUCCUACUAUUGUCUAGAUUGUUGAGGGGAUCAUAGUUUGAAGGGGAUAAUGUUGUGGAAAGAGUUCCCUCUUCUUGCUUUUAAUGACUUGAUCAGCCUUAGUGGGAUGAUUAGUGGAUGCAAAUUCUGUACCAAAAGUUUUGAACAGCUACUGAGACCUUCUGCUGAACUGUGACUUUAAUGGUAUUUUUGGAUCACUUGCCAAGAAUGCUUUAAAGAUUUUCUGUGCCUCUAAGAUCAAGUGUACCAUUUUAGUUGCCCCCAUAGGUUAUUGACAUGCAAACCCUCCCAACAGGUAGGAAUUGAGGAUAACACCAAGCAUUCAAACUCAAAACGCUUACAGUAUUGGACCCCCCCCCCCCCCUUCUGCUGUUACAAAUAGCUUGUUCUGGGUCUAAUGUUGUUUUCUGUUACAUCUGGAGAUUUUAUCCUGUGCAAAACAGAAGUAAUGUGGCAUUUCCCAUAAGAUGGAAUUUACUUUAAACAGAAUAGGUGGGUUCUGGGCUGCAAAAAUUGGCAACUGUAAACGCAAACAGGUUUGUUUGCUUUUCCUCUUAAGGCAGAUAUUAUUGAUGUACCAUGUGUUGAGGCUAAUUAUGUAGAAGAAGAAAAAGUGAGGGGAGCUAAAUUUGCAUGGAAAUCUGGUGAGUCUCUGGGUCAGAGAAACAAUGAAAGCAACUGAACCUGACUUGUGCUGCUAUUGUGAUAUAUUUCUGCAAAGGAAAAUAAAGCGCAAACCAAAGAGUAUUUAGUGACAUGUUUUAAAAAGAAGGAGGAAGCUACUCAAAAAAUGCACAAAGCUCCCACUUGCAAGACAUGAGAUGAUAUAUGGAAGGGUGAGUAGAGAAAGUGUUGAAUAUGUUUGUUUUUAAAAUGAACACUCAUAGAAAGGGAUUUUUCUUUUUAAAAAUCUAUUGUUUCUUCUCCUUUUUUCUGGUGCAGAGAUUAUUGUUGAUCUUUCUUUUGCAAGAUGCAGGGUUUUCUGUUUUCAGAUUUAGAAGAAAAAAAUGAAGAAAAAAAUAUACACUUUUAUAAAGUUUAUCAAGUAUUUUCCUAUUUAAAGCCAAAUGUAAAUAGAAGUCCAUUUGAAAAGAUAAAGACAAAGAGAUGCCAAGAUGGCAUCAGUUAGAACCUUUGAUGCUACUGGCUAGCAUGGUUUUAACAAAUAUUUGAAAGCCUUAUGGGAUUUCUAAUGAUAAGAGUUUUUUGUUGUUAUUUAUUUAGGCAUGAAUGUUUGAUUGUGUUUUUUCCUUGCUAUUGGCAUUUUUAUUCCUGCUUUCAGAUUGCUAGAGACUUGAUGAAAGUGGAUAAUCUAUUGAACUCUUUGUUGGUUUAACCCCCCCCCCCCCAUUUCUUUUAAGUAACCCUUUGGUCUAAUUCCAAUUGCUUGUACCAGCUAGAGUAGAUUCAUCAAAUCAAUGUGUUGAUUUACAAUUCAGCAGUUAAACAGGUCUGCUCUAGCUGAGAUUAAUAAUUGGGUUUGGGCCUUUUUCUUUACCUGUUGGCUUCUGCAUAGGGAAACUGUUAGGAAGACAUUUUCAUCUGUAUAGAUAUCAUGGUACAGUACCUGCCCUUAAUUGUUGUCUUCAUAAUUCUUUUAAAAGAAACAAAUAAACCAUGCCUCGGGAAGCCUGGUUCCAUAAUCUUUAGGAAGCUACAGAAAUGGUGUGCUUUUAAGUAGCCAAUAAGGACAAUUGUGCAAAGUGUUGAGUGGUAUACCUUGGUGGUGCAAUCGUCAACCACUUAACGCUGAUGGGAAAUUUCCCAUUUGACUUCACUGGAAUGUGGAUUGCAAUACUUAAGUCCUCAAGCCACAGAUAUGAGUUAAGGCACAAGCAGUAAUUUUCCUCUUCCCUAAAAAUACUUGAAUGGAGGCCCUUUUCUUAUAUAGGACUGUCUGACACAAGGCACAUCCAAGGUGGGCUAUGCAGCUCUGUUGUUUUUUUAUUGGUGGUCUGGUGUGAGUUUUCAAAUUAAUAAGAUCACUGCAUGUGUGUAUCCUCUGGGUAUACAGUUGCAAGCACAAGUCAUCAUUUUUUGUUUGUUCUUCAUUUUAUCAAUCGCUUUUGGCAAAGACAAAGGGUUCUGAGUCCGCUAUUUUUGUCCUCUUGUGUCUGUGUGUGUGUGAUUGCAAAGUAAAACUGAGAAGUACUGUAAUGUCUUUUUUAAAAAAAAAUACACACAAACAAACCCGGCUGCUGCUGACCAUUUUCAAGAUAGGAGGGUGCUGCAUUGUUGCCAUCCCAGAGGCAACCUGAGAGUUCUCUUUUUCUUCUCAUAAAUGGGUUUUCUGUCCUGCAGCUGUUUGUAAGGUGAACAAACCAAUAGGCAUUCGACAAUCGUUCUCCCUUACUAUUUUCCUGUUUGCAGCCUUUUGUAUCUUGGUCUUCCUAAUGUACUGCACAAAUCAUGGACUGCUUUUUAUAUAUAUAUAAAUAUAUAUAUUAUGUCUUAUUUUAUUAUUUCUAAAUAA